AUGGCAGACAACGGACCCAGCUCGAACACGCACCUCGACUGGUCAAAUGUCGGUCUUGGAUUGACGUUCAUCGUCUUCGACGCUGUACUCUCUCGCAUACUUGAUCUAGGAGUGGGUCGCUCCCUCGUCGUCGCCUCAAUACGUUGUGUUCUACAGCUUGCAUUUGUGGCGACGCUGCUGUCGAAGGUCUUCGCCACGAACAAUAUCUGGGCUGUGGCUGGCAUUGCUGUGCUCUUGAACUUGAUGGGGACGAUCGAAACAGCCGUGGUCAAGUGCAAGCGACGAUUUCAGGGCAUGUUCGGUUACGUUUUCAUCAGUCUCCUGUGCGCGACCAUACCCAUCUCCAUAAUUGGAGCUCAUUUCGCAAUGGGCAUCCGCCCCUUUUGGCGUCCGGAACAAUACAUCCCUGUUAUCGGUAUGCUCUGUGGAUCUACCAUCUCCGGCGUAAUCGUCGCGGUCAGCUAUGUCUUGAAAGAACUGGAUGAGAACCGAGACAAGACAGAGACAUACCUUGCAUUUGGCGCGUCGAGACUGGAGGCAGUGAAGCCUAUUGCGAAGGAAGCCCUUCGUCUCGCACUCACACCAGUCGUCAACCAAAUGAGCGUCCUUGGAAUAAUUGCCAUCCCCGGAAUGAUGACCGGUGCCAUCCUCGGAGGUUCUUCCGUCCAACAAGCCGCCAGGCUGCAAAUGGUCAUCAUGUUCAUGAUAUCCGCCUCCGCCGCUCUCGCUUCGAUAGCCAUCACCCUCUUUACUCUCCUGGUCGUCGUCGACAGUGAGCAUCGGAUCCGUUCCGAGCGAAUUGACAAACAUGACCAUUUUGUGUGGAGAGCGAGAGAUCGGGCCAUCUCCCGGGUCAUGCGUGAUGAGGACGAAUGCGAGGGCGAAAGAGCUCGAGGGAUAUGA